CAACUAUUAAUGUAAAAUAUAGUUUAAAAUGGUUCAGAUGAUGAAACAGAGUUUAUAUUCGAUUCUAACGCUGUCUAGCUUAAUGAUAGCAAGUCUAAAAUAUCAAUGGCUAAUGUAAUUUAAUUAAUCUCAUUAUGAUUAUAGGAGGAGAUUAAGCAUUUGAAUGACUAAAACAAGGAAUUGGCCACCUAGUUAAAUAAAUAGAAUGAAUUGCUUGAUUUAAAACAUAAGUAAAACUAAUAGUUAUAAACAGAAGGUAUUUAUGAUUUUUAAAAUAUUUAGCAAUAAAAUUGAAGGAAUUAGUUGAUGAUAGAGAACUAAAGUUAGUAUAAUCUAUGAAAGAGAAGCAAAAAUUAUAGAAUGAGCUUAUCGGUUUACAUGAUGUUUUAGACCAGACAACUUAAAGAAAUGAUCAAUUAAACUCUGAAGUGUUUGCACUUAGAUUAACAAUGGAGUAAUUAUAAUGUAAAUAUCUUACAAUAUCUCUUUAGAGACUGCCACUAUGUAUAAAGAAGAGAUUAAUUAAUUUUUAUAAAGAGAGUAGAGAUAAAAUUUAGAAGCACAAACCAAAGCUAUGAAAUAACAAGAAGAAACCAUAAGGAAAAUAUCUAAUGAACUUAAUCAAAAGUAGGCUUAAAAUAAGAUUGAAAUUCAGAAUAGAGAAAACUAGAUCUAAGAUUUAAUGAGAAAACAUGAAUUGUAAAUGUAAUAGAAUACUGAAAUAAUUAAUGAGUUGAUAGAACAAAAAAACUAAAACCUAUAAAAUUUUGUUAUGAAUAAAGAUUAUAAGCCCGAACUUACAAAGAUGACAAAAUAGAUUGAAGAAUACAAAAAUCAGGUUAAAGGAUAAAUUCAUUAGAUAAGUAUUUAAAAUGAAAAAAUUUUGUCACUCUAAAAUUAAUUGGCUCAGUCUGAAUAAUCUAUAGCUGAUCUAAAUACUGAACUUUAAUAGGCUAAAUAAAAAUUAAAGGAAAAAGAUUAAGAGUUUUAAAAUAAAAUAGGGGAAAGUAUGUAGACAAUUGAAAAAUUAAAAACCUAGGUUUAAUAAUUGAAUAAUUAAUUAUUAUUACUAAAAUAAUAAGAUUAAAAGAUAAAUCUUGCCAGAAGUAUUUAUUAAAAUCAAGAUGAAAGAUUUCUUAAGGAUAUACAAUUAAAAAAUGAUCAAAUUGUAAUGUUGUAGAAUGAAAAUAAUUAAUUAGUUAAAUUAAUUGAGACACUAAAGAAUUAGAAAUGUAUUUAUUUAUAUUAUAGAUUUAGUUGAUCAAUAGGGAAAUGAAGCUAUUAAAAUUAGGUAAUUAGAAUCAGAAUUAAAGAGUCUUUAAUAAUUCAUUUAUGACAGUCCUUUGGUAGUCUUAUUCAAUCUUUUGGAAGAUAGAUUAUCAAAAUAAUAAUAAAAGAGUUUUGAAAACAAAAAAAAAAUUUAAGAGUUUUGGAGUAGUCAAUUAAAACAGUGGGUAGAAGGAUUUGAAGAAUUGAGAAAAGCAUUUGGUGGUUUGAAGAUUUAAUUUAAAUACGACCUUAAAUACCCAAUUCCAUAGAAUGAAUGAAUAAAAUAAAAAUGAAAUUAAGUAAAAUUAUUCAUAAAUGAAACUAAAAUAAAUAUGAAG